GCGGGGCGAGGGGGCGGGGGCCGCGAGCGGGACGAGCGGGCGGCCGGGCGCGUGGACGCGGACCUGCGGGCCCGACAGCCGUGGCCGUGGGCCUUCCCAGCCCCGCGGGGCCCCUGGUGCGCAGGGGGACGCAGCCUUUGCCGCCGGGGGAUGCUGUGGGAUUCCUGGCGCCGGGCAUCCGGGCUGCCCUCUAACCCCCUGUGCCCACCCAGUGCCCCUGGGGACCCGGGAGCCGGGCGGCCGGGAGCGGGACGCGAGCGCCGGGCGGGGAGGGCGCUGCGGGCCCCUGGCGCGCGGGCAUGGAGCGUUUGGGGGAGAAAGCCAGCCGCCUGUUUGAGAAGUUAAGGCUCUCGGACUCCGGCAGCGCCAAGUUCGGCCGCAGGAAGGGUGAAUCGAGCCGAUCUGGGUCUGACGGGACCCCCGGGCCGGGCAAGGGGCGCCUCGGUGGGUUGGGGGCACCUAGGAAAUCGGGGCCCCGUGGAGCCGCCGGGGGAGCCGGGGAUGAGCCGCUGGAGCCAGCCCGCGAGCAAGGCCCCCUGGACGCGGAGCGGAACCCGCGCGGCUCCUUCGAGGCGCCGCGCUACGAAGGCUCCUUCCCCGGGGGGCCGCCUCCCACCCGGGCCCUGCCGCUACCUCAGUCACUGCCCCCCGACUUUCGGCUGGAGACCUCGGCCCCCGCCUUGAGCCCCCGCUCCAGUUUUGCCAGCAGCUCGGCCAGCGACGCGAGCAAGCCGUCCAGCCCGCGGGGCAGCCUGCUGCUGGACGGGGCGGGGGCCGGGGGCGCGGGAGGCAGCCGGCCCUGCAGCAAUCGGACCAGCGGCAUCAGCAUGGGCUACGACCAGCGCCACGGCAGCCCCCUGCCCGCCGGCCCGUGCCUGUUCGGCCCGCCGCUGGCGGGGGCUCCGGCCGGCUAUUCCCCUGGAGGGGUGCCGUCCGCCUACCCCGAGCUGCACGCGGCCCUGGACAGACUCUGCGCGCAUCGGCCCGCGGGCUUCGGCUGCCAGGAGAGCCGCCACUCGUACCCGCCCGCCCUGGGCAGCCCCGGCGCGCUGGCCGGGGCGGGAGUGGGAGCGGCAGGGCCCUUGGAGAGACGAGGGGCGCAACCCGGGCGACACUCGGUGACCGGCUACGGGGACUGCGCCGCGGGCGCCCGCUACCAGGACGAGCUGUCGGCGUUGCUGCGCCUGACGGCGGCCACGGGGGCACGAGAAGCCGGCGCCCGCGGGGAGCUGUCCGGGAUCGAGCCGUCGGGUCUGGAGGAGCCGCCGGGGGCGUUCGUGCCCGAGGCCAGCCGGGUGCGGAUGCGGGAGCCGGAGGCCAGAGAGGACUAUUUCGGCACCUGUAUCAAGUGCAACAAAGGCAUCUACGGGCAGAGCAACGCUUGCCAGGCCCUGGACAGCCUUUACCACACCCAGUGCUUUGUCUGCUGCUCCUGUGGGAGAACUUUGCGCUGCAAGGCUUUCUACAGUGUCCACGGCUCUGUGUACUGUGAGGAAGACUAUCUGUUUUCAGGGUUUCAGGAGGCAGCUGAGAAGUGCUGUGUCUGUGGUCACUUGAUUUUGGAGAAGAUCCUCCAGGCCAUGGGGAAGUCCUACCACCCGGGCUGCUUCCGGUGUGUCGUCUGCAACAAGUGCCUGGAUGGCAUUCCCUUCACCGUGGACUUCUCCAACCAGGUGUACUGUGUCACCGACUACCACAAGAAUUACGCCCCCAAGUGUGCGGCAUGCGGCCAGCCCAUCCUCCCCUCUGAGGGCUCUGAGGACAUUGUGAGGGUGAUUUCUAUGGACCGAGAUUACCACUUCGAGUGCUACCACUGUGAGGACUGCCGGAUGCAGCUGAGCGACGAGGAGGGCUGCUGCUGCUUCCCUCUGGAUGGGCACUUGCUCUGCCAUGGCUGCCAUAUGCAGCGGCUCAACGCCCGACAGCCCCCAACCAACUAUAUCUGAACUGCAGUCCUCGUAGCUGCUGUCGCCACCCUUGAUGAACCCCUCUGGCCGGCGGGGGGGGGGCCCUUCCCAGGAGCCAGGCGAGGAAAGCGCUGCGGGCCUGGCAUAUGAGUCCUCUGGGGAGCCCCCAGAGGCCAGAGACCCAAAGAUCACGACAUUCCAAAUGGAUUGUGGAGGAGGAGCGUGCAGUGGCCGGGGCGAGGUGUCCGGCCUUCUCCCCGUGUCAUGCAGGGCAGGCACACACAGGCGGGGCCCAGCGCCUCCGGGGGUGCUGAUUCUAGACUGUCCAGUAUCCGUGUGCGCACGAGUCAAGCAGUAUUCGCGGUCUGGAUUACAGCAGAGAGGAAAGUGUGGGCGCUCCUCACUCUUGGGCCCCACAUCCGGCAUCGGGCACGGAUGGUCAGCAAGGUUCUUACACCAGUAACUUAUCUCUGUAUCUGGACGAAGUGGUGGAAACUCUGAACCUUAUUAAAUGUGUCAUUUCUUUUUUUUUUUUCCCUGAUUUUUGGGCCACUCCCACUGGUGCUCAGGGGUCACACCCGGAGGUGCUUGGAGGAGAUUUCCCACUGUGUUUGGGAGACCAGGCAGUUCCCCC